GAAAAUUCGAAUUAUAACAACAUCUCUGACAAAUUUUCUCUAUGACAAGAAAUUAUUACUUGAAUAAGCUUGAGAAGUGUGAUUUUUUGCUCGAUUUCGGGGAUGGAAAAUGACAGAUUUAUCCAGGUGUGAAACGAGAUGCAAGAGAAUAAUGUCUUGGUGCGGUUAAAAUUUGCAUCACAUGGGAGUGAAGAUUAGUCUCCAAUCGACCUUGAUUUAUGAUGCUUUUUCAACUUUUCUACUCAAGAAGUGCUUGAUGAACGUGCCCUGAAAUUAUUACAAGUCUUUUGGAAUAACAAACAUCUUUUCAGGAUCCCAUGACUGCGAGAAUCCCUAUAGUUGCUAUAGGAGCACUUAUUAUGGCAGGAUCAUUGAUCAAUUGUUUAAGCCAAGAUAAAUACCAUACAACACGGUGCCUUCGAGUUUGCGGCUUGAACGAACGGAAAACUUUGACAAAGUCAGCCCAGGCAUUUCAAUCUCUUUCCUGCUACCAUUGUCUAAGGAGGAGGAGAGAUGUCGGUGGAAAUGUCUCUACAGUGGAGCGCCAUAAAAGAUCUAUUUUUGCCCGUGAUUGUGGGGACACGGCCAGUAACGGAACACUUUUACCUGAACAACAGUUAACAUCCAGCAGGCCAAAUGUAACCUUUGGACAAUACGAAAAAACAGUUAACUGGUAUGCAAAUGUGUCUUGGAAUCCAGUAAAAGAUCCCGAUGGCGUCUUUAAAGGCUACCUGGUUAAUUUAGGGUUCGGUUCCCGGCUAGGUAUACUUUGCUCUGUGUUGCCCAAGAACCAAACGUAUCUCAGCAUUAAUAUCUCUCAUUAUGGCUAUACUUACCCGGAAAAUAUUUAUCUAUUAAUUCAAAGCAUACCCUCCAAUGUGAGUGAUCAUGAGAUGGAAAGCUUUGUUAACGACGUAAGAAUACCAACGUCAACAUCGCCAUCAACACCACGAACAACAAUGGCAGAAACAACUGCAAAAACGACGGUAGAAACAUCAACAGCCGCUAAAGCACCAACAAGGGAGAUAACAUCGAAAGGUGAGACGAAUUACUUAGUAGUCAAGAUCCUUUUAAAACAAUUAUCUUUGAAUAAAUAG